AUGCUUUUCAAGUCCAUAUUCAUUCUCUCUCUCGCUUUCGCGGUGGAUGCGUUCGCCGUUAGACGUGGGACUAAUGACUGGACUGCACCUACCUCCGCCGAUCGUCGCAGCCCCUGUCCGAUGGUUAACGCUCUUGCAAACCACGGAUACCUCCCCCGUAGCGGCUUGAAUGUCUCUCUUGCAGAUCUCAUUGCUGGUUUUACGGCAGCGGUUAAUCUUGAUCCUGCUGCUACCACUUUGGUCGGACAAAAGGCUCUCCUCGCGUCGACGACUGGCAAUAACGCGACAUUCAACUUGGAUGACCUCAACACCCAUGGCAUUAUCGAACACGAUGGGAGUCUGAGCCGUAACGACAUUUACUUUGGCGAUAACCAUUCCUUCGACAAGACCAUUUGGGAAUCUGUGGCAUCCCAAUUCACGAACACUACAAUCAGCAUCCCAACAGCAGCCAAGGCCAGGGUCUCACGUCUCCAAGCCGCUGCUGCUACGAACCCCGAAUUCAACCUCACUGCUGAUGGAACCCAAUUCAGCUUCAUUGAGACGGCUCUUUACCUCUCUGUUUUUGGAAACUUGGACGAUGGCAAUGCCAACACCGAAUGGCGCAAGAGCGUCUACCAUUCGUGGAGGGCUUUUCAAGAGCAACCUCGCCAAUCACUGCGGCGGGAAUUUUAG